AUGAACAAGAACCAGAGUGCGCGCGAUGCAUCAAGCGUGGGGUCCAGUGCCCGGGUGAAGAAAGCCAUUCCCAUCGACGAUUUUCGACUCCAGCAUGCAGAGCAAAAAACACAUGAUACUUUCAUCCAUGGACCGGGUGCAAGGUCAGUCCAGCAGGCGGCUCAGACCACGAUUUCCGACGCCGGAGGCCCAAGAACCGUGUGCAGUCCCAGGUCGAUGGCGCGCGAACAAAUCUUCAGCUCCUUUGCAAGUCUCUUUUUCGGUUCCCAGCAGCAGGUUUCCUCACUCAAUCUGUGGCAGUACUUAAUCUAUAGCUUUGCUCAACUUCCUAACAAAUCCGGUACUCUUGACCGAGCGUUAUCAGCAAUGUCUUGCUUGCACCUGGGUCGGAUGAAUAACGAUAAAGACAUGUUUCGAUAUGGGCUGAACCUCUACAGCACCGCAGUGCGGAACGUGAACCACAAAGUUGGCCGAAAUUUGUGUGAUGCCGAUACCAUCUAUACCACGGUCAUUUUCCAAGAUCUAGAGUCGUACUGCUGUGCCUUUGAUCUUCGCGCUUUUCUCGCGCAUACUCAAGGCACAAGUGCAAUCCUGCGUUGUUACCGCGAUUCACUACCGCGAAACCCGCUUCUGGAUGCCAUCUAUGACCGGCAUCAGAAAAUGCGUCUGGUCAUUGCGACGACGGGUGUCAAUAUUACAGACGAUGAAUACCAACACCUCACCUGCUUGAGCGGCGCAAACUCGACCCCUGUGUUGGAACUGUUCGCAAUUUUUGCAGAGUUUGGACCUCUCUCAGCCAUGCUUAAUCGGACCGCAUUUUCCGACAGCGAGGAAUGGGAGAAGCUGCUGCAAGCUUGUCUCAAGCAAAAGGAGAGAAUCUGUUCAUGGUACAAGCAAUAUGUGGAUUCCCGAAGCUUGUUCAUUUGCGGCCUUGAGGACUGCAAGACCGACACCCUACCGCCAUCGAAGAGACUGUUUGGUCACGGAUACCGCUUCUCAUCGCAUGACACCGCCAGAGUGCAUCACUACUACUUCACUGCCCUCGCGACCGUGCAGCCUUUGAUCGAGAAAGCCCGCGACUUGAGUCGACCCGAGUGUCCCCCCACUGCGAGUGCGUCAACCUUCGCGGGCGAAUCAAUCCCAAUUGAAGGUGAGGUCCUGACGGAGUUCUACGCCGAUGAGGUCUGCCGCAUGGUUCCAUAUUACGUCAAAAAUUACCGGGCACCCUCUGAAAUCGGGAUGCUUCUGUUCCCCAUCGUUGCCGCAAUCAAAAUCUACAUUGGACUAGGCCACUGGGAAAAGUUUUCAUGGUGCCAGCAAGUCUUUCGGUUGAUUGGAGACCGGGGCCUGAGUACCUGCUACCGUCUGGCCGGGCUGUAUUCGAACAGCUGGAAUGCCCGAACCAUCAAUCCGUGGCCUAUACCUUGUCGAUCAUUAAGAGAUGACAUGAACUCCUUUGAGCUCUCGACGGAAUCACAAGCGGGAAGCCCUGCUAAGGCGCCACAACACGAGGCGUCGCAAAAGGGAAAGGCGAGAUCGACUCUUCCAACAGAUCCCCAUUUCAAAAACCCGCAUGUCAUCUCCGGGAUUCCAUUUCCCUCCCCGCAGGCCAUGCCUCGAGUGAGGUAA